GCAGACGUUGCUGAUAAGUUAGCUGCAAAACGGGACUGGCCUCUGGCUGGCUGUUUACCGCUUUCUCGAUAUCAGGCUUUCCACAUUGUCUGAUGCACAGUAACGGGGUUGGCGGUACAGUCACCCUCGCUACAAAAAAGCUGCGAUGUCGUGGUCGACGGGAGUUAAUUUGCACUUUUAAGUCCAGCGGUGAUCUGCGUGACAGGCUGUUCGUGUUCCGAGAUGGUUGACGGGGAAUCGGGCGAUCAUUCCGCAUGGAUUGUCGCGUGGAGACUUCAUAUAUCAUUUUGCUCUCGCUAAGCGUACGACGCGAACAAAAUACAUCGCACAAUGCAUCGACGAAAUCAAGGAAGAGCUCCGACAGGAAAACAUGUCUGUGAAGGCAAACGCUGUUGCAAAGCUUGCUUAUCUUCAAAUGUUAGGAUAUGACAUCAGCUGGGCAGCCUUCAACAUUAUUGAAGUUAUGAGCUCUACAAAGUUCACAUAUAAGCGCAUUGGUUAUCUGGCUGCGUCACAGAGCUUCCACGAAGGCACAGAUGUCCUCAUGCUUACCACGAACAUGAUUCGAAAGGACCUGAACAGCCAGAGCAUGUAUGACUCGGGCACAUCGAUGAGUGGCCUGGCCUGCUUUGUGACAGCGGACCUGGCUCGGGACUUGGCCAAUGAUGUGAUGACACUGCUCACAUCCACCAAGCCUUACCUGCGCAAGAAAGCGGUGCUGCUCAUGUACAAAAUUUUCCUUCGGUUCCCGGAUGCCUUGAGGCCAGCAUUUCCACGGCUGAAAGAAAAACUGGAAGACCCUGACCCAGGUGUGCAGUCUGCAUCAGUGAAUGUCAUCUGUGAGCUGGCACGGAAAAACCCCAAGAACUACCUGUCGUUGGCACCAGUCUUUUUCAAGCUCAUGACAAGCUCCACUAACAACUGGAUGCUGAUCAAAAUCAUCAAGUUGUUUGGUGCCCUCACCCCACUUGAGCCUAGGCUGGGGAAAAAGUUGAUCGAGCCAUUAACUAACUUAAUCCACAGCACUUCUGCAAUGUCCCUGCUUUAUGAGUGCAUCAACACAGUCAUUGCAGUCUUGAUUUCUAUAUCCUCAGGAAUGCCAAACCACUCUGCCUCAAUCCAGCUCUGCGUCCAGAAGCUCAGGAUAUUGAUAGAAGACUCUGAUCAGAACUUGAAGUACCUGGGACUGUUGGCCAUGUCCAAGAUCCUGAAAACUCACCCCAGGAGUGUGCAAGCCCACAAGGACCUCGUGCUACAGUGUCUUGAUGACAAGGACGAGUCAAUCCGCCUCAGAGCUCUCGACUUACUUUAUGGCAUGGUGUCAAAGAAGAACCUGAUGGAGAUAGUGAAAAAGCUCAUGGUCCACAUGGAUCGUGCUGAAGGCACUGGCUACCGAGAUGAGCUGCUCUCCAAGAUCAUUGACAUCUGCUCACAAAACAACUACCAAUUCAUUACAAACUUUGAAUGGUACGUGAGCGUGCUGGUGGAGCUGACUCGUAUCGAAGGGACCAAGCACGGCUUUACAAUUGCAUCCCAGAUGCUGGACGUGGCUGUACGAGUGCAAGCGGUCCGGGCUUUCAGCGUCUCGCAAAUGGCUGUGCUGUUGGACAACACUCACCUGCUGAUGGGCAAUGGCCAGAGAAACAGCAUUUGUGAAGUUCUCUACGCUGCUGCUUGGAUCUGCGGAGAAUACUCAGAGCUGCUGCUGGAGCCGCAGUCGACCCUGGAGGCCCUGCUGCGUCCCCGGGCGAGCCAGCUUCCCCCGCACAUCCAGAGCGCUUAUGUGCACAAUGCCCUCAAGCUCUGGGCCCGCCUGCUAGCUGCCCAGGAGGAGCCCGACUGCAGCCAGCUGCUGUCCGAGCGGCUGCCCCUGUUUGUGCAGAGCGGACACCUGGAGGUGCAGGAGCGAGCCUGCUGUGCCCUGAACUUGGUGAAACAAGUGAGCAAGAUGCACGCACGUGGCGAGAGAGUGGGUGAUGAGCUGCAAGCCCUAUUUGCUGGUGAGCUCAAUCCAGUGGCGCCCAAAGCACAGAAGAAAGUGCCUCUCCCCGAAGGCUUGGACCUGGACCAAUGGAUUAAUGACCCACCCUCAGAAUCUUCAUCAGAAGAGGAGAAUACAACUGAGAUAUUCAUCAAGUCAGAAAGGAGUGCAGCAAUGUCCCACUUCGCAGAAAAAAAGUAUGAGCCUACCAAGGAAGAACUGGAGAAUAUGAGAGAAGCCCGUCGGCAAGAGCAGGCCAGCAACCCUCACUACCUGAAGGCCAUGCCCAAAAGCAGGUCAGCCAAUGGGCAUCUGCAAGGGGCAGCUUUGGAUGACAUCCCUGUGACCGAGAUCGAUCUGUCAGUGCCUCUUCACAUACCUGGUCUCAUUUCAUCCGACAAGUAUCUUAAUGCAAGUCGCAAGGAACGAGAUGUGGCAGAUGGCGGCAAGAAGAAGAAGAAGAAGCUGAAGAAAGGCAAGGAAAGGCGGAAGAAAACAUCCCAGCUAGCAGUAGCCUCAGAGUCGGAUGAGGAGGAACUGCCCGGUCCACUCGGUGUGGUCAACACAUCCGUUGAGAUGCCUGAAGGUGCUCGGCUGUCUGAUGAUGACGAUGAUGACCGCAAUGCUGAUGACCCACAUCGGGCCUUGGACAUCGACCUGGAAGAACCUCUGCAUGAGGAGGAGAGGCUGCCAGCCCAGGCACAGAACAACAGCUUGUCAGCGGGCAGUGCAAAGCUUGCAGCAGAACCAGAAGGGAAGCCAUCCAGAAAACACAAGGAGAGGAAGCAUCGCAAGAAGGGGCACAAGGAGCACCGGAAGGGCCAGCUGCUACCAGAGGCCAAUCACGGCUCAGAGGGUCCCGCUGAUGAGGCAUCCUCGCGUGUCAAGCAGGAUGAUCUGGACUUCUGGCUUUCACCUGCAGAGGGUCAAGAUGGGCCGGCAGGUGGUGACGCUUCGAGGGAUUCAACGCUACCGUCCUCUGGUGUGGCCGAAUUGAAUGGGGCAGCACCUGUGUCAAAGAGUGAGCGGAGUGGGCGCAAGAAGCACCACGAGAGCGAAGCGUCUGGCAGUAAAUUGGAGAAGAAGAAGAAGAAGGCCAAGUCAUCCAAGGGAACAGCCACCCUGCUGCAGCAGGACAUGCCCAAGGACAAACGGGAGUACGAAGAGACGCCAGGAAUCACCACACCGUCCAAGGAGCCCGGUUUCAGCGCCGCCCAGACGCCUAUGACGCCCAGCAUGCCACCGCCUGCCUCAAGUUACAAGCCACUAGCUGAGGACAAGAACAUCAAACUGACAUAUGAAGUGCGUACCCUGCCCAUGGUGCGGGACCAGGUUGUGGUGUCAGUGAUCUUCACCAACCAGAGCGUGUUCCAGCUCAAGGAGAUGGAGCUAAACAUUCUGGACACACUCAACACCAAGAUGCUCCGUGGGGUGAGUCCACAAGAGGGCAUCCAUCUGCCCUUCCAGCUGCCCGAGGGAACAGCCAAUGAGGGCCAGUUUGCCUUUUCCGUGGACAGCGUCAGUAUGGCGCAGCGUCUGCGCGGCACCCUCACUUACAUGCUCAUGACAGAAACUGGUUCCACACACGAGAAGCUGGACUUCAAGCUACACUUGCCAGUCUCUUCAUACCUGAUAGGAACAAUGUCAAAAAGGCAAGCACUCUUUGUUCUACUAGUCUGAAAGCACAAAACCUCCAUGAUUGCUGCGGCUGCUGCAGCACAGGACACAGUGUAAACUCGAUAUAACGAACGUUAGGGGACCGCAGUAAAUUUUUCGUUAUUCUGAAAGUUCAUUAUCGUUUAUUUAUUUUAUUUUUAUUUAUUUAGUGAAAGCACCAGAAUGAACCAUUCCGCCCAUCAAUUCAUAAGUUGUCGCCAUAUGAGCUAUCCACAAAAACGCUGCCGAUGGCUUUCCGCAUGUGCUGCUGUUAUUUCCCAUAGAUUCCGCCGCCACGCACCAAUGAAGUGCCAUAUAAUAAAAGUGACGCAUGCAAAACAGAUGCUGCCGCUGAGAAAACUGCCGACAAAAAGGUAGCUCCAUGUCGCCUACAAAGCGCAAUGUUUUUUUUUGUUUUGUUUUUUUCACAUUUCUUGUCGUGGACACCACAACUGUCUCGCUCAAGACGGACACCUGAACUACGUAAAAGCGCAAGCGUGUCUAAACGACACUGUCUGGAAAGUGCAAAGUGUGACCGUGUGGCAUCCCCACGAGUACGGAGGUUACAUUUCACCGCGCGUUUAGCUUCGGACGCAAAAGAAGUGCAACAUAAAGAGGCAUGUGUAGAAAGAAGGGUGAAAGAAGGAAUAGACCCUCCUUCAUUGCUAGGCAACACUUUUCUGGGCGGAGCACGCGCUUGCAAAACCUGAUGCACCGACGCCUCAGCUCACCCGCAUUCUUUUUUUCUCGGGCGCCGUUUCAGGUUUUCUGAACCCAUGCACUGCAACGUCCGCUCUCUGCGCCUUAUUGUCUGCUAGCCUACUAUUUCAGCUGCCAUGAAGGAUACUUGGAAAUCCGAGGGUACUCAGAUUUAGUAAUAUUAGUUUGUAGUACUGAGGUGUUAACAUCACAGGGAAACUGAAUAUCGAUCUAUAUUCUGAAAAGUUUGGUAUUCUGAAGUUUGUAGUACUGAAAUAUCGUUCCCCACCUGCGGCAAGUUGUUUUUUCAUCCAGUUUCAUUUCCAUUAAUUUAUAAUUUAGUAAGUACAAAUAAUUUUCCCUAUGUUGUCCUUGGUGUCAAUGUUUGUUGGCUUCUUAUUACUUGUUAUUGACAGUGUUUCAAAAUGCUUCGAUUGAUGGACAUGGAGAUCACAGCAAAAGUAGUGGCCAAACGAAGGCGCUGCUGAGGUUGGGCCCGCAAGCGCUGAUGUUCCGCCACUCCCGACUUCAUCUGAGGCUGUAGCUGCUUUGGCGCUUCUACACUGGCGCUGGCCUAUCGCUUGUGGAUGGUUUAGACUGUGUUGAGGACUCUGUUUAAGCACGCGGCUGCCAAUAAGAAGGAGACUGCACUGCUGCAGUACUUUCAGCCAAAUAAAUAAUUUGUGUGAAGCUUCAAGUGAGUAUUCACUGCACCACGAUCGGGGAUCGUUGUUCGGAGUGUGCAUUCGGUUGCGCCAUGCGCGAUUGGCCUAGACCGCGCCAACUUUGUGUGGCGAACGAAGUCGGCGUGGCCUACGCUAAUUGCGUGCGGCGCAAUCGACCGCGCGCUCCCACCUAACAAUUCCCAAUUGAACCCUUGGUUCAUUGAUUGAUUUGCAGAUGUUUGUGACGCAUUUUUUUCGCGAUAUUAUAUAUCGAGUUCUGGCUAUAUCGAACUAUUUCACCUGUAGGUUCAUCUGUAGUAUAUUUUCUUAUACUGAAUGAAGUGGAAUAUAAAGUCCGUACGGGGUCAGUGUGGUUAAAAGAAAAAUACUGAUUUACAUUUGGUAGAUGCAUACAAUGCUGUUUGCAAUUGAAAGUCCAGUCAACUGAGGAGUUUGUGAAUAGAAGCGCUUGACUGCUUUCCAUAAUCUAGUGAACCCUUACAAUUGCUGUAAUGAAACAAGAGAACAGCAUGGCGUAUUCUCCACGUAGUGGAUUGUCCACUUCGGCCACCGCUGAAUGGCUGGAGCUGCACAAGCAAGGAGGAGACAGGUGGGGGGCACCUUCCUCCUUAUCGCGGAUACCCCAGCCCAGCCAAUGAGCAGCAGCCGUAAGGGACAGUCCAGUAGGUAGACACUUGCAGAAGAGCACCCUCCAGCUCCACAUUAUAUUAUUUAUUAAGUGCAUGUGGUCAGAAUUAAUCUAGAGCCCUCCGUUGCGGCAUAUCUCAAAGAAACUCCCAUCAUUCAGAGCCCACUACAGUCACUGGCUUUGCCCUGCAGCUCCCUUGAAGUUCGGACCAUUUGCACUGAGCGUGGUCUACCAUUUGAAAUGUAUCUCUCCAGGGACACAUUUGCAGAGCUCCUGAGUGGUGGUGAGCUGUCGGCAAAAGGCAGCAUCACCUUGGAUGCUGUGGAGUACGAAUUCCCUCAUGUGCUCUCCAAGGUGUGCUUCCACUGUCACUUCACAGUGGUAGAGCAAGUUGGCUUGAGUGCGUCCCUGUACAGCCGCUCCAUCCAGGAUGAUCACAUCUGCCUUCUAAUCAAGCAUAUGAAUCCCAGCCGGGUGCUUGUGGAUGGCAAGAGCACGAACUCGCAGCUUCUGUCAAGUCUGCUGGAUGAAGUUCGUUCUCUGCUGUGUGCCAGCAGCAUGACCUCCACUUAGGAGAGCUCACAGCUAAUUCCAUUCCAAAGUGAUGGGCCAAUGAAGAUGACUGCAUUCAAGGCAUCCCCUUAUGGGGUGAAAACCGUGUAUAUUUAUACCAAGACGUGGCUGACCACUUUCUUUUGCCACAGUUCUUGGGCAUGCCAAGGUCCCCCUCCUUUUUUUUUUCAUUUGCAUAAAGAGCCAUAUGGUGUUUAACAAGUGCAGACUUCACUUGGCAUGUGCUUA